GGAGAUGUAGUUUGGUGCCAUGAUUACCACCUAAUGUUUCUUCCGAAAUAUCUAAAAGAAUAUAACAACAAAAUGAAAGUUGGUUGGUUUCUUCAUACUCCCUUUCCCUCCUCUGAAAUACAUAGAAUGCUGCCUUCUCGCUCAGAGCUGUUGAGAUCUGUUCUUGCUGCUGAUUUAGUUGGUUUCCACACAUAUGAUUACGCAAGGCAUUUUGUAAGUGCUUGCACUCGUAUCCUUGGACUUGAGGGUACGCCUGAAGGAGUAGAGGAUCAAGGAAAGCUUACACGUGUAGCUGCGGAUCGAUCUCUCGACUUUCAUGCGUUAUGUGCACUAUAUGCUAUUACUGAUGUAGCACUCGUAACAUCUUUAAGGGAUGGAAUGAAUCUUGUCAGCUAUGAGUUUGUUGCCUGCCAAGCUUCCAACAAAGGAGUUCUCAUUCUAAGUGAGAAAAGAAGAGGACAACGAGUGAAGUUGGAAGCAUUUCUAUCCCUUCUGAGAUUAUCAUGACCUGGAAGAAACCCC